AUGCGGAUCUUCACGCUUCUGCUCCUGGCGAUGAAUGCGUUCCUCGACGCGUCAGAAAUCGAUGAUGAGAAUCGAGUCAGCCAUGUUUCGGCCGUGGAGGGCCAGCUGGCAGAGCUUCCUUGCGACAUCGCAGAGAGCAACGAGGAGGCUGAACUGCGGCUGGUCCUGUGGUACUACGGCUCCGGAAGCACCAUUUAUACGUACGACGCCCGCGGUGAGCGGAGCGAGGCGGGCUCGCACUGGGACAGCGGCCUGCUGGGCCGCAGUCGGCUGGAGUUCGAGCCUCACAGCCGUCCGGCCACGCUGCGCAUCUCGGCGCUGAACAAGUCAGACGGCGGGGUGUACCGCUGCAGGGUGGACUACCUGCACGCGCCCACCAGGAACUGGCGCGUCAACCUCACCGUUAUAGUGCCCCCUCGCCGGCUGGUCAUCUUCGACGAGCUCGGCCGGCAGACGGUGGACGGCAGGAUCGGCCCGUACCAGGAGGGCCCGACAGUGAACGUCACGUGCGUCGCCUUCGACGGCUCACCACCCCCUAACGUGACCUGGUGGAGGGACGGCUCGCGCUUGGGCGGCGGCUGGUACACGACGGCCGACGGCUCGUCACGCAGCGUGCUCUCGCUAGGCCCACUGACUCGCGCUGACCUCGGGUCACGGGUCACGUGCGCGGCCACCUUCCACGAGUCCAGCGAGCCCCGGCUGGCCAGCACGGUGGUCGACAUGACGUUGCCGCCCCUGAGUGCAGAGCUGGUCGGAGACAACCCUCCGCUGCCGGCCGGCGAGAGGGCCACAGCGACCUGUCGGGUCACGGGGUCACGACCUGAGCCAAAGUUCACCUGGUGGCUGGGAGGCCUGCGCCUGUCCGAGGCGACGCAGGUCACCGGCCGCGACCCCAACGUGACCACGUCUACCGUGACCUUCGUUCCCCAAGUCAAGGACGCUGGGCUGCCUCUGCGGUGUCGCGCGUUCAGUCCAGAGCUUAGAAGACGGGUGGCAGAGGAUGUUCGGCAAAUCACUGUGCACUACGCGCCGAUCGUUACGCUGAACUACUGGCCGAGGGACAACAACUCGGCCGGCAGCACCGUCCACAUGCGCUGCAACAUCAGCGCCAACCCGCCCGUGACCAACAUCACCUGGAGGCACAACGGGGCGGCGGUGCGGCGGCGGUCGGCGGUGGGAGUGUUCGUCAGAAACGACACGGAGGUGGGAGUGUUCGUCAGAAACGACACGCUCCUGCUGCGUCCUCUGGAGGUGCGGGGCGGAGGCAUCUACUCGUGCUCGGCCACCAACAGACAGGGCUCCGUCACGAGCAACGCCAUCAGUCUCCAGGUUCACCGUACCACCACCCCCCUGAACCACAGCGACCACAUGAUAAACGCCGAUGUCCUGAGCUACUACCUCCAGUCCGACCUCAGCCAUGGUGCCCUGCUCUGCUGGGCGACAAACGCGCUGGGCGAGCAGCUGGAACCGUGCCGAUACGAUAUAUCCCAGGCAGACGUCCCGGAAACGCCCUCCUCGUGUGACGUCACGAAUCGCUCGUCUGAAAGUCUGCACGUGCAGUGCGUGCAGGGUUUCGACGGGGGCCUGAGGCAGACGUUCCGUCUGGAGGCAUUCGUCGCGUCAGAUCGCCACCAUCAGGUCAUCGCUGUGAGCUCCAUCAGUCCCAGUUUCGUGGUGCGAGGCCUCGUUCCGGAUCGGCCGUACACCGUACACGUGUACGCGCUCAACACACGUGGCGUCAGUCCAGCGGCGACAGUCCUGGCGCAGACUCUACCGUCAGACGACGAACAUGACGCGGACACACUGUCACCGUCCGCCCUCUUGCCUGCGGCGGGCCUGCUGGCUCUGCUGUUCGGUGUUGCGGUCGCCGUUGUACUGGUGACCGCCGCGGUCGUUGCCACCAGACGCUGUAGGAAAACGCCUCCCAUCAAGGAGAGCCAGCAGGAGCUGUCGCACGCGAUGACCAACUCGAACGGAACGGCGAGCGCGGAUGACCGCCAUGGUCCGGAUCUGAUCCGCCCCACCAACACAGGGCGGGGCGGGCGGCGGAGCGUGCCCUGCACCGCGACGGUCGACCGGCUCGAUCCCGAGGAGAAGCACAUGCUGGAGCGGCUGCGGCCGGACGCCGACGGCGGUGACCUCCGCGGCGUCGACUCCGGCGAGUCGCGGGCGGCGCUGAGAGGCAGCCUCCACGGCCCCCCGUCUGAGCGGGACACGUGCGACAUCCCCGGCUGCAUCGGAGGACGGGGCCAGGUGCCGGGCGUCCUCGGCGGGCGUGAUGGCUAUGGCAUGGCGUCCAGCUGGGCCGACCGCGGCAAGAUGAAAGGUGCCUCUGGGGUCUCCCGGGCUCGGCGCUUUCGGAAAGCUGCCCCAUCAAACAUUCAAAUUGGAGAGCUGGACACCACCACGCCGCGGCGCUUCCCACCGCUGACCUUCUGGCGCUGGCGGGGCACGCCGAGACGGAACAUCGCCGGAGGCUCUCUGCGCUUUAAGGCGCGCGUGAGAUGA